GCUGCUUCCGGCGCAACAGUCCUACUUCCGGAAAGGAGCGAGUGAGUGAGGGGCGGCUGUCUUUCCGCCUCUCUAUGGUCCCUUCCCGGCCUCCGCCAUGAAGAUCACGCGGCAGAAGCACGCCAAGAGGAACAUGGGUUUCUACAAGUACAACUUCGGCUUCCGCGAGCCCUUCCAAGUCUUGCUGGACGGGACCUUCUGCCAGGCGGCGCUGCGUAACAAGAUCCAGAUCCGAGAGCAGUUGCCGGGAUACUUGGGCGGCGCGACGCAACUCUGCACCACGCGAUGUGUCCUCAAAGAACUGGAAUCCCUAGGAAAGGAGUUGUAUGGUGCGAAACUGAUCGCACAGAGAUUCCAGGUCCGGCAUUGUUCUCACUUCAAAAGCCCAGUGAGCGGCUCCACCUGCCUGCUGUCCAUGACCGAAGGUGACAACCCACAUCAUUAUUUCACUGCCACACAGGAUCAGACUCUGGCAACAAAAAUAAAGAAAAGAGCUGGGAUUCCUCUUCUGUUCAUAAUUCAGAACACUAUAGUUCUGGACAAACCUUCUGCCGCAUCUUUAGCCUCUGUGCAAGCCAUGCAGACCAAUAAACUUAUUCCAGAGCAUCAGAAAGAGAGCAUUUCACGUCUGAAAGAAGAACAGGGCCUAGUGAAACCCUUGGAAGCCAAAAAAAGGAAAAGAAAAAGGAUUGCUGGUCCUAAUCCUCUUAGUUGCCUGAAGAAGAAGAAAAAGAAAGGCCAAGAGGCAACACAGCCUACAACAACAAAGAAAAAAGUGAAUAGGAAGCGCAACAAAAGGAAACCGGAAACAACAGCAGGGAUUGUGCAGCCAGGAUCACAGAAUGCUGAAGCAUAAAAAGUUUGGAAAAUGAUUGGACCUGGAUAUUAUUUGAACUUUGAAAAAUGACAAUAUGUUCUGCUACUAUAAUAUUAAAAUAAAUAUUUGUAUUCCCUUUAUUUUAAAAAAACCAACUAGUUCUAUAAUUCGGUGCAGUAAUUUUAUAGUGAAUUAAAAUAUCCUCUUUCCUGCAUUACUUUUUUCAACUCAUUUUGUAGAACUGUAUAAGAAUAGCUCUUUCAUAAACUUGUAUUUGAAAUUGCAAAACUGGGAAAGUUGGGCUGGAAUCAAACAAAUUCACCAAUCAGAUGGCAUUUCACACAAUUAAAUACUGAUGGGCAAAUUGUGAGGUCAAUAUGUUCAUUAUCUCUUAGUUAAAAUAUCAAAUUGAUAAAGCAAUAGUUUAAAAAGAUCAAUAUUUCUUUCAAAUUGGGGUUUCUUCUGUAAAAGUGUUCCCUUUUGCUGCCCCCUCCCCCAAAUGUGGUUGUUUGUAGAUUAAUUUAGACUUAUUAUAUACCCAGAAACUAGAUUCCUGUGUUCAAUUGUUUUUUAAAAAAAUGUAUAUCCAUGUUCUAGUCAUUAUUCCUUUUAAAGAGGAAAUCAAACCCAUCAUUGGUUCUCUCCUAUUUCUAUGUUUAACCAGGACUUAACAAAUAUUUAGUAGUGAUUUACCCAUGCCUAUUUAUAUUAUAUUUGAACUCUCACAUUCGGUUGACUUACAAGUACGGAUGGCCUAAAUAUAGGUUUAAUUGGUUUGAUCUAUAUAUAUUGGCAUGUCUAUGACUUGUUUUCACAAGGUUCUCUGAGACAUGGUUAUUUCUGCCACUGAAGAUCACAAAUUGCCAAAUAUGGGAUGGUCAGCUCCAUUUUCACCCCUGUUGUUUAGUUGCACCAAAUAGCUUCCAUACAGAAAAGCCUUCCUCAAAGUUUGGCAGCAGGAAGGUAAGUAAAUCCACUGAUGCUGGAGUAUUCCAUGGCAACACCUGGGUGAAGAAUGCUUUUUGGGGAAGACAUCAGAGAUGGGAUACCAAAGUCCCUGGCUAGGCCUCCACAUUUCCCACCCCUGAUCAAACAAAUUCUACAUUAAUUACAGUUUCAUUCCAUAGCCAAUUUAUAUGAUUACAGGAUCAGAAAUAGAUUAUCCCUUAAAUAGAAAUCCUUUAUCAAUCCUAUCUAUACACAUUCUAGUUUGCUUUGCAUAUUCUUGAGUGGUAAUUGUUCAAUAUUUGUCUAUAUCAUUCUGAUCACUCUGGAAAAAAAGUGAUUAAUCGGUUCCCUAAAGAUAGGACACAAUGCAUAGUAUUAAUGCAGAACACUGGAAGAUGCAGUACUAGAACAAAAGUAUAGAAUAAAUAGAGAAGGCUGGAGAGUGUAGAUCUCUAGGGAGUGUGGGGAGGUUUAGGGUUAGGGUUAGGGUUAGGGUUAUGCCGGUCAGCAACUUGGAGUUCAGUCCAGUCAGUCUGCCCCGGAAUAAUGAUACUUUAGUUAAAUUAGAAAUACUCUCCACUAAAUAUAUUGAAUUGCAUCUGUAGCAUUUUGUUUUAGGCUUAAACAGAGACAGUGGGAACUAAGUAUAAAAUGCAUAUAGACUGUUCUGUGUGAAAGAAAGUGGGAUACAGCAAUUAAUUAAAUGUAAAAGUUACAUAAAUCAUUUUGCUACUCAAGAAAUACCAAGACUUUAGAAAUCCGUGAAGGACUGGUUUGAAUAACAAGAAAUCCCAACUUUAUAUCAUUAAGGGCUACUAAUUUUGGGUUCUUAAGUCAUGUCGCUAUAGCUCUUGUGUACAUUUAUUUAUUUCUGUAACAAUGGUUGCUGUACACUUGAUGGUAGUAAUCUAAACAGGCUUGGUUAUAAAGAAUCUGAUGUAUGACAAAAUGUGAAUGAUCCUAGAAUUUGUGUGUGCUCACACAUGCUCAUAACUUGUAAUGACUCAUGUAUUUACAAAUGUUUCCUUCAGUAUAUUGUUCAAAAGAACCACAGACUGGUUCAAAACCCUACGUCCAUGGACUUUGUAAUUUUAGCCCAUCUCUGUAUCGGGCAAGCCCCCACCAUCAUCUGACUCCUGUAAAACUUCAUAGUGCAGCUGUGUGACCCAAUUUAUUGUGCUUAAUUGCUCUGUUGAAACAGUGUUCAUUGUGUGCAGCAGUGCAUGGGGAAGAAGUUUUUCAUCUGUUCCUGACCAGAUUGACUUUGUGGGAUAGUUGACAAACGACAAUCAUUAACUUGGGGAAGCAAUAGUCACAGGAGGAAGCCUUAUGUCAGAUGGUGAAAGUGUGGCCUGCAGGCUGUGUGCUGUUGCAAUGCUAUUUUUGAGGAUCUUGAUACCCCAUAACAUUCCCAAUAUUAAAAAAAAAAUAGGUAUGGUGCAA